AUGUUGAUUAGAAAGCCUUUCCUAGAUUACACAAAUAUAUAUAUAAAUGGCUCGCAAGUCGCCACCGCCAAAUCCAAUCAGCUUCUCUUCUCGGAAAAUUUCUUCCGUGAUCGGCGGAUUGUGAACGCCGUUCACCGAGAUACGUUCGCAUUGAUCUGUUUCUGUUUCUUCCACACGUGGUGUGCAAUUAAGAAGCCACUAAAAUCUAAAUCUGGAUUUUGAUUUCACACACAUGCAAAUUGUUGUUUUAUAGAUUCCUUUUCCCCAUUAUCAUCAUCCUACAAUGGCCUCGAUUCUUAACCAGACUCAAGAGCUGCAGCAGUCUUCUAAGGUUCUUGGCCAUGUCAGAUGCGAAAGCUACUUUCUUUUCUCCGGAGAAAGUAAUCUAUCUGAUGCUCUCAGAGCUGUCUUAUACUUUCUCGGUCUCGCCUACUGCUUUAUCGGCUUGUCAGCCAUCACCGCAAGGUUCUUCAAAUCUAUGGAGAACGUCGUGAAACAUUCCCGUAAAGUGGUUUCAGUUGACCCCGUUACUAAAGCUCAAGUCAUCACCUACAAGAAAGUUUGGAACUUUACCAUCGCAGACAUCAGUUUGUUGGCGUUUGGAACUAGCUUUCCUCAGAUUUCUUUGGCUACUAUCGAUGCUUUUCGGAACAUGGGCGAGCGCUAUGCUGGAGGUCUUGGUCCUGGAACACUUGUUGGCUCGGCUGCUUUUGAUCUUUUCCCUAUCCACGCUGUUUGUGUCCUGAUGCCAAAGGCUGGAGAACUCAAAAAGAUAUCUGACUUAGGUGUUUGGCUAGUCGAGCUGGUUUGGUCUUUUUGGGCUUACAUUUGGCUAUACAUAAUCCUUGAGGUCUGGUCACCAAAUGUAGUUACACUUGUGGAGGCAUUAUUAACGGUCCUGCAAUACGGUUUACUUCUAGUUCACGCGUAUGCGCAAGACAAGCGUUGGCCUUACUUGUCUUUACCAAUGUCAAGAGGUGAUAGGCCAGAGGAGUGGGUUCCAGAGGAGAUUGAUACAUCAAAAGAUGACAAUGAUGUUCAUGACGUGUAUUCGGAUGCUGCUCAGAGAGCUGUUGAAUCAGGAAACAGAAACAUUGUUGAUAUCUUCUCUAUUCAUUCAGCUACCAAUGAUGCAGGGAUCACAUAUCAUACAGUGGCAGAUACUCCAGUGGGAUCUUCUACGAGUAAGCGUAUGGCCAAGAAUGCUACUGUUUUUGACAUUUGGAAACAGCAAUUCGUAGAUGCAAUCACGUUGGAAACAUCUGAAUCCAAGAAAAUUGAUAGCAUUUACCUUCGAAUAGCCAAAUCCUUUUGGCAAUUGGUCCUUGCCCCUUGGAAAAUUGUUUUUGCAUUUGUGCCACCUUGCAACAUUGCUCACGGUUGGAUCGCUUUUAUCUGCUCGCUUCUCUUCAUCAGCGGAGUAGCCUUUGUUGUCACAAGAUUUACCGACCUUAUAAGCUGUGUCACUGGUGUAAACCCAUAUGUGAUAGCAUUCACAGCACUAGCAGCUGGAACUUCAUGGCCAGAUUUAGUAGCAAGUAAAAUUGCUGCAGAGCGACAACUCACUGCAGAUUCAGCCAUAGCAAACAUCACCUGCAGUAACUCGGUGAACAUAUAUGUGGGGAUAGGAGUCCCGUGGUUGAUAAACACAGUGUACAACUACUUUGCAUACAGAGAGCCUCUAUACAUAGAAAAUGCGAAAGGGCUAAGCUUCUCUCUGCUGAUAUUCUUUGCAACAUCAGUGGGAUGUAUAGUGGUGCUUGUGCUGAGAAGGUUGAUUAUAGGAGCUGAGCUUGGAGGUCCAAGGCUGUGGGCUUGGCUUACUUCUAUUUAUUUCAUGUUGCUUUGGGUCGUCUUCGUUGUUCUUUCUUCUUUGAAAGUUUCAGGCAUCAUAUAAAAAAGUAGAAGCAAUCAAAAGCCAAGGAGAAACUAGUUACCUGUAAUAAUUUGCAUGGCAGUUGGCUAAACAUGUAUUACAAACCUAAAGCAUAUUGAAAAUGAACUGGGUUGGAAUCA